AUAUAUAUAUAUAUAUAUUUGUUGUUUUUUUCCUGUGAGGCUGAAGGGAAAAGAAUGUCUAAUGCCUGAAGGAAACAUAAAGGUAAGUUCUGUGUUAAGUUUAAGAAGCUGUUUUUGUCAUGUGAAACCAAAAAUCGAUUAUAGGUUAAUGCUGUAACAUCGGAAGACCUUUAAAGAUAGAAAUGUUUGCCAAAUAAAAUAUAUCAUCCAACUGAAAAUUCAUUUUUGUUUAGAAUAAUUGGAGCAGAUCUGCAUGUUGUUGUGGUUGGAAACAAUUUCCCAUAGGAACAGAUAGAGAAAGAAAAAGUACUUAUUACCUGCUUCCUGCACGGUGGGUUUUUUGUCUUUUAUAACGUAAGUCUCAUGUGUGUGGCUGUGUGCAGCUGCGAUACUGUUCUGUGGGAGCCUUGCUCUGGAUUUCUUUAGGUCACUGCUGACCCUCAGGAAGAGUCAGUCUUAAAGCACAUAUAUACAGAACGCAAAUGCUGGCAUUAUUUUUUGCUGUACUACCCCCAAGCCGUCUAUACAGCAGUUAUAUGAGGUGUUUGCCAUGUCUUUGCUUCCAUACCUGGAAAGGCUCCAAUGCAACCUCACAGCACUGUAAGUAUGGAUGCCAAAGCACUUUCCUGUAUAUUAACUCCAAAAUAUGUUCUGUCCUAUGAGUGGAUUUAUCUUUAAUAAAAUUCUGUGUGUGAAUAAAAGCCAGACACACGGCAUGCCUGGCUGGAAGGCCAUCCAAAGGUGUCAGGGUGUGUCUAUAGACAUGCCCAGCAUUCGUCCCGUGCUGGUCUGAAGUUACACUAGCUGCUGUCUUAGCGCUAGAGGGUGCCCUAGGACAGGGAAAGAAUAAGAGAGGAAGGAUCUGUCUUUACAUUUCUGAGAGACAAAAUUACAUUGUUGUUUUUGACCUCAGGUACUUCCAAGGGCCUUCCACAGCUCUACUAACCCAUAUGUCCUUUUUGUACUUGUAGAGACUGAUUCCAAGCAAAGGGAUGAAGGGAGAAUCUUCACAAUAAGUUUAGAGUAUUCUCUCAUUCAUGAUCAUAGCAAAAACAAACAACCCACCACCAAUAAUACUGAUAAUACAGUUAGCAAAAAACACCCAGAAAGGUACGUGCUCACUCUGUUAUUAAUAUGACAACUCUGGCAUGAAAAGAGAUACACUCAGUGCUUUCUUUUCAUAUUAAGUCUAUUUGUCUCCUAUUUUUUUUUCCCCUUAUGAAAAACCUACUGGGUAUUUCUCAUUAACAUUCACUGCACCAUAUCAGAAAGAAAAGAAUAUCUCUUGACAGUCUUGUGCUAAAAGGCUCAAGUGGUACUUUAAGCUUUAUCAUUGUCAAUCCUGAUUAAUCCCACCUGGUUCUUUACAAUAACAUGGGGUUUGUGUCACUGUGACCUGCACCUGGGGGUAAGUGAUAGAUGUGUAGCUCACAGCUCUGUAAACCAUUUUGAGUUCAUUUCAUUAAAGAAAGUCUUAAUUAAGGGCAAAAGCACAUGUGAGGAUUAAGAAAGAAAUAUGUAGCUUUUAAGCUUGAAAAAAAUCUGGUAUAACAAUCUCUAAAGUAGUCAGGAGCUGAGAUCAAUUACUGUGGUCAUCUUGCAGAGAUGUGCAUGAAAUAGGACAGUGAGAUGGAAUUGGGGCUGUGAACUGACUGCAGGAUCAAAAAAACAAUCUUCUGCCGUGGGGAAAAGGAAAGUCGCACUUCUGCCCACAGUCAGGAGUUAUCUGUGCGACUAGAUGAUUGUAUAUAUAUCUUAGUACAAAAGCAUUCAAUUAUAUAACCCCAGUGGGAGGAAUACUUCUCAAUGUCUAAGCACAUCAUCAUAUUAAAGGAAACUGCCUGUCUAAAACUAAGUCAACAAAUGUGUUAAAAAGUGAUUUUGCUGUGAGAUCAGUCACUGAUACCCCCUUACAUUUAUUUCUCAGCCUAUUUUUUCUCUCCCUUCCUUUUCAAAGACACAGUAAAUUAAAGAAUAAAUUGAAUAUAAAUCAGUAUACAUGGUAGGAUCAUAUGGGAACCAAACUGGAAUGAGAUUAGUUGACAAAGGUCAUUUGUCAGUGUUUCAGACGUAGUAUUUCCUAUGUGAAUACUUGUGACUCUUAAUGUAUAACUGCAGUUAGCUUAAGAACUUGACUGUGUAUUCACUUUCUUUUCUUUUUAAUUGUUAAAGGUUUUUGCCAGAUUUGGAGGGCUGUUCACAAGAAAUGAUUUACAGCUGAGUUUAAUUUACAAAUAGUCAUUGCGUGAGUUAUCUAAUGUAGCACUGACCACAUGUUGCUCAAUAAUAAUUAGAAAGGAUAAUGUAUGAACAGCAAAGCUUCAUUCUCUACAAGAGAAUCAGAGAACACUUCUAAUGUAAAUCACACUGGAGAUACAGUUUCCUUAGGUUAUACGCCCAGAUGCUUAAACAGAGUAAUUUUCUCUUCUAAAUAUGUGCUUCUGUAUACUCUGUUACUCCUUCAAUAUGUGAUCAUUUGCAUUUUCUCUUGAGAGCUGAACUCAAUGUAUUCUUAAAGAAUAGUUAGUUAAUUGAAUCAAUGUGUAAAAGCACUGUGCUAUAUGAAUGUUGGAAAGCAUUAGUUUGAAUAUGAAGUUGUGUCGCUUAGGAAUGUCUAGACUUACGUUAGAUUUCCAUCAGAUUGGAGUGGGUAAGAAAAAUAUUAAGGUUUAGAAAUUCAUAGUGAAAGUUAUUGAGCUUGCAACAUCAAUUCACAAUGCUCAGGUUGUCAGUUCAAGUUCAACCAAUUAAGAGUGCUGCUAUGACUCUCCCAAUAGAUAACACUGCUGGAAACACUUCCUACAUUCAACAGCAGAUGGGCUUUCCUGAGACCACAACAAAGCAUCCGAUGCAUUGUCUUACAGCAAGUAGUGGUGCUACAAGAUGGCAUUUCAGUCUGGCUUUCAUUAAUGUAAUAACGGCUUGCGAUUAUACAUUGAAGUAUUGCUGCAAAAAUAAGUUGAAGCACUCUAUAAUGGUAAGAUGGAUGUCAAUGCCUCGGCACUGCCUUUUGCUUGAAAGAGCACAACCUCUGGUCGUUUAAAUCCCUCGAUGUCUAUCACUGCCUCCCCCAUGGUUUCAGAUAUGUCCCCACUCAGCUGGGCUGACAGGUGCUUAUCCAGUCUGAGCCCUGUAGUUCUCCCUCUGCAGGACGUGAGCCGACUCAGUUUGAGCUCCGUGGACGUGUGUAUUGGCAGCUGUUAAAGAGGCAAACACAAGGUCCUUUAACAGCUGCACAUAAUUCACAUGACUGCUUUGGCAAUGUUACUGUCUAAAUGGGUUCACUUUCAGAUAACUGAAAAUUGAACUGAAACGUGAGGUAAAUAGUAUGUAUAGAGGAGAAUAUUUCUUCUACAACGUGUGUCUGAUUCAGCAAUGUCCUUAAACAGAAUUACUGUUGAUUUCAGUGAAGAUAGCAAGGGUUACCAUCAGCUUCUGUUUGUCCAUCAGUUUACUUUGUAAACUCAGAAGCUUUACAGAGGUUUUCCUACAAGUAGAAUUUCCAUUGAAAACAGGUAAUUUAGAAUGAAUAGACUUCCUUAGUACUGGCAACUCAAAAGUUUAUACAGUUAACUGCUGAAAAAUGCCAAAGCCUAAACAAGAAUGGAAACAUGUACUGAUUUAAAUCAGCCCCAGUGAAAUAUGUGGGAAAAUGGGUGCCUAUGAAGAAGAGGACAGAGUGUGUUGGGGUGUGUAAAUAAAAACAACGGUGUAACAUGAGGUUUUGGUAACAAAUCAAUCCGAAGGAACAGGAAUAUGCUAUGAUAUUGAAAUUGUUCUGCAUUAAUGUGGGAGUAGUAUUUCUCCCUUUGAUUUGUAUGGCUACAGCGUAUAGAUUAGCAUUGGAGAGCAAGCAGCAUUAAUAUAAACUCCAGAAAUGAGAUCAUAAAAGGAAGUUCUACUUAGCAAUACCUGUCAUCGUGUGAUCCCUGGAACAGCACCUUUAUUGGGAACAUCCUUUUCUUGGACACGUUUCUCCCAUUCUCAGUGGCUGGAGUUAUUCCUGCAAGGAAAUCCUGACAGCUUUCCAUAUUGAGUGAAUAGAAAAUUGACUAUGAAGCAUUCCUGCAGCAAGAGCAAUAGAGGAAGCCACCUGAGUUUUGUCACGGUGCAUAAUGCAGAACUUUCCGUAAGUAAAAGACCAACAAGUUCCCACUCCUGUAAGAUGAGCAUGAUGAAUUUUUUGAGAGCCAAUUGCUCCGUGUUCCCCUUUCCCUAUCUGAAAUUUCCUGUGUGUUGUAACCAUUUAACAGUAUGUUACUACCAUCCAUUAUGUCCUGCCUUAUUCUCUUUCAGAUGAAAGAGACGUUUCUGGAAUUCCUCAGUCCCAAUGACUGAAUUUGAGAGUUAAUGCCAAUGGAAUUAGCACACUGCCAUUGUUGAAUGGUCUCCUGUGGCUAUAUAAACAUUAAGGUGACACAUUUCCAAAGCAGAUGAUGUUACUGCUGCAAUGCUGUUAUUUCAAGAAUAUUUCUUAAAUAUCAAUGUAGAUUUGACAUUUUAUAUGAUGUUAUAUACAUAUUUACUUAAGAAAGAGUUGAUUUUGCUGCUUCUACUUAAUUUUUGCUGAAUUUUGAUUUACUUGCUGAGGAAAAUCUAUUACACUGGUUUGACAUGGAAGGGAUUUAUCCGUGAGAAUGGAAACGUUUUGAGGUUUGUUUAAGCUGACCUCUUAUUGGCAAAUAUAUUUAAAUGACAGCUCUAUUAAGAGAGACUAAAUCAGUUUCUGAAGUAGAUCACCUGAAAAAGCUGGAACAGAACAGACACCAGGAAACCUGAGAUCCUUCAGCCUGGGGAGGUUUUGCUGGAGAACAGACGUCUCCCACACCAGCUUCUUCCAUUAGCAUAACUUCCAUCUCUGUGAACAGAAAUAGACAGAGGAUUAGAUGCCUUUGUCAUGUUGCUGGCUAAAACCUUGGUAAAAUGAUGCUUUGUUUUAACUUCGAGGUUUGCAAACAAAUGAUGAGACAAAGUCAGAUGGCUGUGGUGAUCCCACUGUAGGCUCAUCAUAACCUCACCUAAUGCAAGUGAGAAAUAGCUAAACCUGAAGGUUGCUCAGAAACUGUUCUGUUGUUGUUUUUUCCCCCUUCUUUCACAAAAUUACUGAUAAUGGCUACUCUAUAGCCAACAUAGUCACUCAGUACAUACAGAUAACACUAAUGAUUUGCUUUAUUACCAGUUUCCUGAUCCCCCCUUCAAAUCAAAUAAGAAACUGUAUUUCUGCAGCUGUAUUUUCAUUUCUCUUCAGGUAAGGAAAAAAUUCAUUCAGUCCAUGUUAAACCAGAACCUUUAAUCUAACGUUCCCUCCCCAGUUCCCUUUUUUAUGUGAGAUUUGCUCCUCUGCAGUCGCCUUUCAAUCAGUGAGUCAGCAGGUUUGCUGUGUGUCUGCUGGUCAGAGCCCAGAACUCAGCUACUGGAACGUGGGAAGACAGUCUCAAGUUGAGCCCACUUAACAGACAAAGAGAGACACAUCCCUCUCCUACAUUGUGAAACAGCCCCUCCCAACAGAGCAGAAAUGCUUCUGGAAAGGAAAAAAGAAAAAAAAAAAGGACUGCAGAUUGCAUAAUUGAAUAUGGGACUUUUGUGAACGUUAGGACUGGAAGAGAAGAGAAGGAGGCAUUAUCCAUUUCAGCUGUUUGUCUAGAGAACAGCCCUGGGUUGCAUUCCUCAAAGAAGGUCACUUUUUGGCACAGGGGAUGGUCUGUUUCUGGAUGGUUCAUGGGUAACGGGGUAGAAAUGUGAUGGAAGCAGGGAAGAGUUGCCCAUGGCAGGAGUUAGUCGAUAUGUAGAGAAUGACUCUGUAAGUCACGCAUACUGUGCAUGAGUUGGAUAUACUAAGUGGAUAUGUCGUUAGUGUAAACUGAAGUGCUUUUACUCCCUUGAGGGCUGUUAGCAGCUCUCUAAAAGCAGAGAGGAGAGCAGCUAGUAAAGUUGGUGCUUCAGAAUUGCAGUGAAAGUGCUUACAUCCAUGGAUCAAUCUUUUGUCAGCCCUAAACCAAUGGCUGAUGGCUUUAGUGUAUCUCCACUGUCACCAAAAGGCACUUCUUGGGAAACGAAGCCCCAAGGCUCAAUAACAUGUCACCUGUCCCAUCACUCUAGCCUUAUUCUACAGGCAGGGAGAAGGACUGUUCUGCCAGCCUCAGCAGCAUUUAGACUGCAGGCAUGUCUCUCCUGGGAGUAAUGUCUGGGCGUUUGUGAAAUAUGAUGUGUUGAAACACAGGGUUUUAUUUCUGUAAGUGCUUGGCUAGGUACAAAAGCAGAUGGCAGGACUUCUGAGCCCAGCAAGAGGACACUGAUGGUGAAGCACACAUAUGCUUUCUUUUCUCCUCUGUUUUACCUUUUAUUUUUCCCCUUCUUUCAUUCUACCCUCACUUUCCCAUACAUUUCUCCCCCAUCUACACACUUUCUCUUCCUCUCUUGUUUUUUUUUUAAGAACAGAAGUUAUGGAGCCCUUCUUUUCUGGGGUUCUUCAGGAAACAUCCACACAUGGCUGAACAGGCACCAGCCUUACAACAGCUGCAGCUUUGGCCAACAGCAAAGACCACCAGUUUUAAUGCCAGGUUACCCAAUUGAAGAUGGGCAACAAUGUAUCUCUAAAGAGGCUUCCAGGAGAGUAGACACAGCUGUAAGGAUCUAUCAGCACAGAUUGGCUUGUGAGCUGCCAGUCACCGAAGGAGACUUUUCCCAUCACAAAAGCGGAGACUGUGGUUGUAAGAACGGGACCUAUUUAGCGUGCAUUAGUGACUGCCGAGCUACAGAGGAAAAUAAUUAUGGCAGUGUCCUUCCUAAAGAGCUGCCAAGAUGCUCUGAUGCUGCGGCCUAUAUAAACCAGGUGAGAAUCUGCUGAGUUGCAUUUAAAUGGCAGUAAGGCUCCCCUCAUGCUUCAGAGGGAAGUAUUUCUUAAAUGUAUGUAGCACUUCCCUGUGUUACUUUUUCUGGCUUAUACAAACUCAGGCAAACAGCACUGCUCCACGUAGAAUCGUAGAUGUCCCAAGCUGGAAGAGGCCCAUAAGGAUCACUGAGUCCAACUGACUUCCUGACAGUAGCUUUUACACCUUGUGCUUGAUCUUGUUCUUAGGGCAGAAUGGUGUCCUAGAAAUUCUGCCUGGAUGGAGGUGGUGCAGCCACCUGCAGACUCAGAUCCUGAUAACCAAACCCUCCUGCCAGCUGGCACACAUGAUCUGUUCUUCUGUGGCUUGAGAGCUCCCAGCACCAGCCAGAGAUGGCAGAGAUCACCUCAUCUCAAAGGGCUCAUGGUUUAGAAGGGAGAAAUAGGGGAAUGAGUGCUAAGGGUUAAAGCUUCACAUGCAGGAGAACUGCCAGAAAACAUUUGCCAUACUACAAACUCAGAGGGGAAUGUUUCUUUCUAAUCACCUCCUCAAAGAGAUGCAAAGCAAAAGCUCUUGGCUUCUGCUUUUGUCAUCACUCAUCCCCUCACUCUGCUGCCGUAGCUCACCCUCUUCAGCAUAGCAGAGCCUCCUGUUAGAGGUAGGCAAAGCAGGAUUUUUACCUGCUGCUUGCAACGAGCUUUGAGCAGAGCUGCGUACAUUGCUGACUUACACAUCCCAUGUCGACUCUCUGCCUUCCUUUUCCUCCCCCAGCCUUCCGAUUUGCCAAUGAAUUGUUAGACACGGUUCACCUCUGACUUCCCAGCAAACAGCCCAAGGCAUUCUGUGGACAGACAGACAGGAGAGUAAUGUGCUAAAUUCCCCUUUGGCUAGUAAUGAAUUUCACGGAGAUUACUCCUUUAGCCAUGCUCUCCAGGAAUAAUAACAAAUUCACUUUUUUUCACUCUUAAAACCUCUCCAGUGCAACUAGAAGGGCUGGGACAUAGCUAGUCAUCGGUAAUUAAUGACUCCUCCUUCGCCAUCAAUCAGCUGGGAAAAGCCAAAAGGAUGUGAGUGCUUGUAGAAACCUGUGUUCUCCAGACAUGUUGAUAGGCAGUGUGCAAAUGAAGUGGCAGCAGGAGACCAUCUGAUGCCUUUUCGUGGAAGGAACAGUAAGUCAUGAUACAUCCCACGCUCCUGUCAGGUGAAGUCUGAAAUUCCCAGUGCUGCUGCUGCUGCUGUGUGGUUUCUGACUGUGUGGGAUGUCGAUCCAUCUCACUGGUAUCUUGAAUCUGACCCAAUUUUUGAUCCAUUUUCCCUUUCCAGAUUCUCAUUACAGCCAUUGUGUCUGCUUUCUGCAGUUAAAAUGCUAGCAUUGCAAAAGCAGGACAUGGGAAGCAGAUUGGAUGCUGGCUUCCCUUCUGUAGCAGAGCAGAAAAGCAUUUCUGCAUCCUGUUCUAUUUGUGUCUAUUAGUGAUUCUGAAAGCAUGAGCAGAGGAGAUUUGAUCUUAAUACCAUUCACAGUUAUCUUUUUCCUUCCGAUCUGUUCUUUGACAUAUGUAAUAGUGUUCAGUUGAACUACAAGUUAUGUUACCCCACUAUAUGACAGCCUCCUCCUCAGUGGUACUGAGACCCUGCAUUUGGAUUUAGCUGAAGAAGAGCCUGUGGUCUUUUGUGUUGCUCACUUUAGAAGGGAGGUCAGCAAGGCCUUUGGAGGAUGUGGUCCCACAAAGUUGCUGGUCAUCUGCAGCUAUAAAACACUCCUCAGGACUUAGCAAACACUCCAACCUCUUUCUUGUAAAUGCUCUUUCUUGCCACAAUAAACAGUGGCCUUUCUUGUGCUCCCUGUACAGUGCUGGGAUGCCUGAAAUUCAAAGUAAUGAUGAGCCGUAGUGAAAAUCCUUUGAAUAAACUCUUUGUUCUCGUUGCAUGUUGUUGCGUUCCCUGCUCCAAAAGGCGCUACAUGCAGAACUGAAGGGAUGUUUUUCUAUAGGAACUGACUGUAAAUUCAGAAUGCUUUGCAUGUCAGUCUAAAAAUCAGAUGUCCCAAUAAUGUCAUUGGCUGAAUAAAAAGUGUUUAUCUUAUUGCAAGCAAAACUAGACCAUGAAUCAGUUGCUGCCUUAUAGUGACGCUCUUUGACAUGAAGCAAGGAACUCCUAAAUUUGUUGUGCAGGAUCCAGCUCUGGCCCAUUGAGACUGAUAUCCUGCUUUUGACCUCCUCUUUUUGAACUCUAUAUUUGACCUAUAAAUGUUAGUAUAGCUGUUUCUAUACAUGAAUGCUUGGAACUCCCUCUUCACCGAGGUGUAGUGGCUGGUUUGUGACCUGAGGCAGGAGGCCUGAUUGCUGUCUCUUAGCACUUGUAAGCACUUGUAAGUACAAAAGCUAAUGGUCACACUUGCAGAAUAAACUAAUUAAGGGAAAGCACUGCAGUCCUUCUGUUGGGUUGUGUGCAGCCUUUCAUUCAGUAAGGGCAGGCCUAAAUAAAACCUGUGCCUGAUCCACGCUUCAGAUUUUUAGGUCACUUGCACCAGUUCUGGAAGGUGCCAGCUGAAGGAGGUUGGUGCCAGUAAAAUGGUUGUGUUAACAUAGCUGUGUUGUUAAAGCCAUGCAGCUUUAUUGGUGAGGCGCUGCUGAAAAGAUAAGCUGUGAGGAUGUCUGAUGCAGCAGCGAGAGCCAUGCCAGUAAAAAAUGGUGAAACAGGAAAAUGAACUGUAGUUAAAGGCUGUGAAUGGAGAGAUUGACUAGGUAGGCAGCCUUACCUGAUGCAUUUCUGUUAGUGGAGAAGGCAUCUUUUGAUGAGUGCAUACAUUACUGCAGUGUCUCCGUUUUGAGAUGGUCUCAAACUUUAAGUUUUCCACAAACUGUUAAUUGCUCGGGAAGGAAACAGCUUCCUGAUUCUUACAGCUUCCCUGAUCUGACAUGAAGUGAUUCUGCGCUCUGGACAUGAGAGUUUUACCAAAUCCUUAGAAUAACCAGACAGAAUUCUUUCUUUGCUGGUUAAGGGGUGUUUAGGCAUUUAUUUAUUUGUAGGUAUGUUUUCCAGUAGUGAUUUUAGUCUAUUUGUUUAGAAGUGCGUUAGCAGUAAAUCAAGGUGCAUUUCCCCUGUAGGGUUUCCUGUAUGUCAAAGCCAUGUUAAUUCUCUUUGAUUUUCUUCCCUUAGUCCCAGCCAUUGCUGCAGAUCCUUCCUCUCUUUGUCCCUUUGGACAUCAAAGGAUUGCAAGGGGACAGCCCUGGCGAGAAGCUCCUCCCUGCUCAUUAGCCUCCAUAAAACAGGAACUCACCUUGGCUAGCUGUGCUUGGAGACCCAUCUGCAUCUCGGUCACUCUUGACACUGGAUCUCAGAUGGAAGGGCUUUUGCUUGCUUCAGGACAUCAGACCUGCUUUUGAACUGGACUGUUUUGGCUCCCUUAUUGAGAACUCUGGUGGCUCUCUCAGCUGUGUGACUUCCUAGAUUCCACAUUACAUGGAAAAAUGCAAGUUUUACCAGACAUUAAAGCGCCAUGUGAAGCACUUGCUUCCCCCAGCCUGGAGCCCUACCCGCAGAGCUCCAUCACAGUCACCCUGGAGGACAUGGGUCUCUGGAUGAAGUUUCAUCAGAUAGGGACAGAGAUGAUCAUCACCAAAUCCGGCAGACGAAUGUUUCCACAAUGCAAAAUCAAAGUUUCUGGCUUAAUCCCAUAUGCCAAGUACCUCAUGCUGGUGGAUUUUGUGCCUGUGGACAACUUCAGGUACAAGUGGAAUAAAGAUCAGUGGGAAGUUGCUGGAAAAGCAGAGCCCCAGCUCCCUUGUCGCACCUAUGUCCACCCGGAUUCCCCAGCUCCUGGCAGCCACUGGAUGAAGGAACCCGUCUCUUUCCAGAAACUGAAGCUCACCAACAACACUCUGGAUCAACAUGGACAUAUCAUCCUCCACUCCAUGCACCGUUACAAGCCUCGCUUCCACAUUGUGCAGGCAGAUGACCUCUUCAGUGUUCGCUGGAGCAUCUUCCAAGUCUUCAGCUUCCCUGAGACUGUCUUCACUUCUGUUACUGCCUACCAGAAUGAGCAGAUCACAAAGCUGAAGAUUGACAACAAUCCAUUUGCUAAAGGUUUCCGGGAGCACGGGAAGAACACUCGAAGGGAAGGACGAGCCAAAUCCCAGAAGCAAAGUCCAGCCAAGGGCCAGAAGAGAAAGCUGCCAGAGGAAAAGGAGUCUGGCUCUGAGGAACGUGAUUUUGAGAAAGAUGAAAAUGUGGAUGUGAAGGAAGAGAGUAACCCCGUUGUGGUCAGCAGUGGAUACCCCUUCUGGAUCUCAGAGCAGAACAGCAGCCUUCCCUUUCCUGCAGCAUCGCCAGUGCCAGCUGAACAGAGGGAGGGUCCAGCCAGAGAGCAGCAAGUGCCUACACCAUCCUACCAGACAUACCGGUUCCACGAAGCUGGGGACAACCAGCAGCUCCCCAGUCGCGAUGUCGCUGCCUUGAACGACUUCCGAGCCAGGUGCCACCCCUUGGAUCUCGCCACAGUGCCCGAGCAUGACUCCAAACAGCUCCCAGAGGGCUUCACCAACCUACCUCCGCUGCCCCCACCUCUGCCCCCUCCCCAGGACUACACUGGAGUGGUGAACAUGGCUCUGGACUCAGUGGGGAAACCUGGAGCUCGAGCACCCAUGUACAGUCCUUAUGGCACCGAGCAAGGCCUUGGGCAGUGGAUGGUGCCACCCCACAGCCAGUACAGGGCGAUGAGCUACUCAGCCUUCUCCACAGAUUACAACACACAAGGGGCUUCAGGACAUGCCCACGGGACCAUGGCAGAGUGGAGCCAGUACCCACUGUUCCCCUAUGCCUGCUGGUGAGCAGGGAGGAACCUUCCCAGUGUAAAGACUGAAAGAAAAUUGUAAAUGAGAACAAAUUUGUUCUGGGAUGUUAACCUUGAAGCCUUGUCUGUAGUAGGCAGAGACAUUGCUGCAGAUGGUGGCAUGGGACGCCUUCACUUCCUUGUCUCCUUGCACAACAACCCUAUUGGUAUUUCACAGGCAGCGGCUACACUGCUGGCAAUCCCAGCUGUGUCAGGGCACGUCUGGCUCCAUCUGUGUGUUCUGCAGUGCUUUUUCUCCAGCAGGAAUAAGAAACCACAGGAACUGUGAGAGCAGUGAAAGAGCUGCUCUCUCUGUCCCAGUCCAGGAUUGCAUUUGGCAGUUUGCAAAAUCCCUUCUUCCUGGGACAUGUGUGCAAGGAGAUGGGGCUGAGGAGUUUCAGUAAGCCAGGCCAAGGAGCUUUAGAGGAUUUUUGCAA